AUGGAUCGCACCACCAGCAACAGCAGCAGCAGUAGCACCACCGCCGCCGCCAGCCAGAACCCGCACCUCGGCGUCAACAAGCUCGGCCGCUCCAUCCGCAAGGCCACGCCGCCGCCGCCGCAGCAGCCACAGCCCGCCGCCAACCGCCCGCCCCAGCCCCAGCCGCAGGUCUACAACAUCAGCAAGAACCAGUUCCGCGACAUCGUCCAGCAGCUCACCGCCGGCACCCCGUCCCCGCCGCUGCCGCAGCAGCAGCAGCAGCAGCAUCACCACCAGUUCGCCCACCGCCCGCCGCCGCCGCAGCAGUCGCAGCCCAAGACGCCCUCCAUGCGCCUCCAGAGGAUCCGCCCGCCCCCCAUCGCAACCCCCGUCGCCCGGCCCCCGCCGGUCCACCCCAACCACCACGCCGUCCCCCACAACCCUAACCACAACAACCCCGUCUUCCAACGUCCGCCGCCGCCGCAGCACAUGCCCGCUCCCGGCCCCGCCUGGGCUGAUUCCCCGGUCUCCGCGUACAUGCGCAUCCUCGAGAACUCCCUCUUCAGCGCUACCCCACCGGGCGCCGCGGCCGCUGCUGCUGCUGCGGCGGCGGCGGCGGCGGCGGCGGCAGCUGCAGCUGCGGGACAAGCGCCGCCGCAGCCACACCCUCACCCCCAGCCUUCGCAUCCUCAUCCCCCGCCUCCGCCGCCGGUGCCGUCGCCCGGGAUACUCCCUUCCCCAAGCGGCUUUCUCAACCUGCUCUCGCCCACGCCAAGGUCGCCCUACCCGCUACUCUCGCCGGGGUUUCAGCACCCGCCGCCGCUCACGCCCAACUUCCCCGCGCUGUCUCCGUUGCCGGGGACCGGCAUCCUUGGCCCAGGGCCCAUGCCGCCGCCGCCGUCGCCGGGUCUCUGGUUCCCGCAGUCGCCGUCUGGGCUCCUUUCUCCAUCAGGCUUCUUGCCGAUCCUUAGCCCAAGGUGGAGAGAUAUAUAG